AUGCUUCAAGAAACACCCAUUCAAAUUGCACUUGAAACAACUAGCGCCGAAGCUCUCGAAACUACAGCCAAUAAUUUAGAACCUGAAAAUAUAGACAGCUAUAUAAAUGCCCAUUCACAAACCGGGCUUUCCACUGAUCCAUCCGUAACGAUGCCUAUGCUGUCGGAAGGAUUUCUAGCACAUUGGUUACCCCUAAUAACACAAGCAGAAAGGGAGCUCGAGGAAUUUGAAAAAAAGCAACAACUCCUCCUUGAUGAUGUAAAAAACACAAGUAACCGAGUAGAGAAUCAAGACAAUUACGAAUAUGUUGCGUUGACGAUCCCAGAAUACACAAACAAAUUGCAAUACAUACGAAGUACGAUCCUAAUGAUGCUUUCGCGAUCAAAGUUGCUCAAACGUCGAGUCGGACAACUGAAAUCGAUAAAAGACCAACAGAUAGCACAAGUUGCACAGAUCAAACAACGCGAGCGAAAGUUUGAUGAAACUGUGUUGGCAGCCAAAGUUGUGGCAAACCCAGAAAUGCAAACGAUUGUAUUAAAGAGUUCCCGAAAAAAGAAAAAAGAGACCGAUAUUAAACAGAAAGAUAAAAAAGGUGGUAGUAGCAAAACGGGGAAAGAAAAAGGUAAAAAAAAGGCAGAAACAAAUCCUCAUUCUUCUGUUUCAACCAUUAGAGAAGAUGAUAAUGAAGGCAAUAUUAAUACGCAAGAUGUCAAAGAGUUGCCCGAAUAA